AUGUGUCCCUUGUUGAAGAAGUAGGAAGUGAGGUGACGAAAUCGGAGGGGAAAUUGGAGAACGCGUUAUAAGUUAAAUCUGUAUUUGUUAUUGUUUCGCAAUGAAGGUUUACACGGACGCAGGGAACAUCCAGACAGUCAAAUUGCUGGCAGCGGCCAAUGCAGCUGGAGUGAUGGUCGAAGUUGUUGUUGUAAAACAUGAUGAGCCAGUUAUACCAUAUCUCAGCACUAACAGACUACCAGCACUUGAGGUGAUCCCUGGGAAAUUUCUCUUUACGCCAAAUGCUGCCCUCAGGUAUCUCAUGUCUCUGGGAGGAAAAACCAUCAGCGAUACAGACGAAGAUGAAUGGUUGGAAUGGGAUAGCACCCAGCUCGUGCCCACGGUCUGGCCUCUCAUAGUGAACGCCGUGUGUCACAACAAGGUGGAGACAACUCUUCAGAAUUCUGCCGAGCCUCUGCUACAUCACCUUAAUAAGAAGCUACACGGAAAGUCUUUUCUCUUUGGGCAUGAAAUAUCUGCGGCCGACAUUGCGGUUUUCUGUUCCCUGUAUCCACUGCUGAUAACACCAAUCCUGCAGGAAUUUAUGGGUCUUUUCCCAGCAGUGAUGAAUUGGGGACGAUGUGUCUUGGCCCAGCCUCCUGUGGCCCAUGGAAUUAAAUUUGUUACUGUCGACCAGGGCUUAAGUUCACUAAAGAACUCUCUGCUGGUUCACCCAGGCUACCCACCAGUUCAUGUGCAGACAAAGAAACUAAAGUCUGCUAUGACCACGCGUAUUGCAGAGGAUCAUGGGAAGGAAAGCACUGAAGAUUCUAUGAGUAUCAUCACCCCUCUGGAGCUGUCACAAGCAGUCUCGGCGUGGGAGAACGGAUCACAAACGUGUGCCAAACCAAGAAUCCGAAAACACCCCAUUCUGCCCCAAGAUGGAGAGCGGAAUCUGCUCAUCACGAGUGCCUUGCCGUACGUCAACAACGUCCCUCACCUCGGCAACAUCAUCGGCUGUGUGCUCAGCGCAGACGUCUUCUCCAGGUAUUGUCGACUUCGUAACUACAACGUUCUCUAUGUGUCUGGAACUGACGAGUAUGGGACAGCGACCGAGACUAAGGCAAUUGAGGAGGGGGUAACUCCGCUCGAGAUCUGCACCAAGUACAACAAACUGCACAACGAAGUCUAUGAGUGGCUCAACAUCGACUUCGACUACUUCGGGAGGACGUCAACGCCACAACAAACUGAAAUUGCCCAAGACAUAUUCUGGAAGUUGUACAAUCGAGGCUUCGUGUUAAAAGAUACUGUUGACCAACUUCUGUGUGAAAAAUGCAACAGGUUUCUGGCUGACCGGUUUGUUCACGGGGAGUGUCCGAUCUGUGGGUACGACGAUGCGCGAGGUGAUCAGUGCGACGCGUGCGGGAAGCUCAUCAACGCUGUGGAACUGAAGAACCCCAAAUGUAAAUCAUGUGAGACGUCUCCCGUUGUGAAAACUUCACAUCAUCUGUUCCUAGACCUUCCUAAGGCAGAAUCGGACCUGAGAAGACAUCUAGACGGAGCGUUUGCCAGUGGCACGUGGACGACAAACGCUAAAAUGAUAACCAACGCCUGGAUACGAGACGGUCUCAAGCCGAGAUGCAUCAGUCGCGAUCUCAAGUGGGGGACGCCCGUCCCCUUGGAGGGAUACACAGACAAGGUGUUCUACGUGUGGUUCGACGCUCCAAUUGGCUACAUUUCAAUCACCGCUAACUACACGGACCAGUGGAGACAGUGGUGGAAGAAUCCGUCAAAGGUAGAGAUGUACAACUUUCUUGGAAAGGACAACGUGCCAUUCCACAGCGUUAUUUUCCCGUCAACGUUGCUGUGUGCUGAUGACAACUACACAAUCGUAAACCACAUGUUGGCUACAGAGUAUCUCAACUAUGAAGACACUAAGUUUUCCAAGAGUCGGGGUGUCGGCGUGUUUGGUGAUCAAGCUCGGAGCACUGGAAUUCCUGCCGACAUUUACCGCUUCUACCUUCUGUACGUGCGUCCCGAAACUCAGGACACAUCUUUCAGCUGGGAUGAUUUCCUGUUGAAGAACAACAGUGAACUACUCAACAAUCUCGGAAACUUCGUCAACAGGGCUUUGUCCUUUCUCGCCAACAACUUCAGUGGUGUCAUUCAGGAGAUGACUUUGACAACAGAAGACGACAAACUGCUUGUGUUGAUAAACCGAGAGUUGAAAACCUACAUUGACAAUAUGGAAGUAGCAAAGUUGCGUGAUUCUAUUCGCAAUAUUUUGAAUAUAUCGAGACUGGGUAACCAGUUCAUGCAAGCCAACAAGCCAUGGGUGCUGGUCAAAGGGAACAAGGAGGAGAGAGCUCGUGCUGGGAGUGUGGUUAGCCUGUCUGGGAACAUCUCACAGCUGCUGUCCGUUCUACUCCAGCCCUACAUGCCAGAUACAAGCGCCAUGAUCCAGACACAGCUCAACUCCCCUACAGACUGUAACGUGAUCCACGACAAGUUUAUCUGUGUCCUUAAACCAGGUCACAGUAUCGGAAAGCCAAGUCCGCUAUUCGAGAAGAUAGAAGCAUCGACUAUGUCAGAUCUGAAAUCUCGGUUUGCGGGUAAAGGGGAUCCCGAGCCAGUGAAGAGGGCAAAGCAUCAUGGGAAGGCUCAGGCGGACAGCCCAGCUGUGGUUAACGGGCCGGCAAAACCAGAGGAUAUCGAGAGACUGACAGCUGAAGUAACUAAACAGGGUAUGUCAGUGCGUGAACUGAAAACCAACAAAGCGGAGAAAUCUGCGAUAGACGCAGCAGUCGCAAUCUUGUUGGAUCUCAAGCGUCAGUUGGCGGUUGCCCAGGGCGACGAUCCCAGUGCUGUCAGCGGAAGUGGAAAGAAGAAAGGAAAAAAGAAAUGAUCUCGUAAAUUGGCAAAAAUUGUCCGAAAAUGAACUUUUAAAAACAAAUCUGUUUUGAAAAAUGUGGAAAAUUAAAAGAUUCUGUGGGAAGGCAGAUAUGUAAAACACAUGAAACAACAUUUUUAAUCUGGGUUAACAGUAAUCGUUGUAAAUAAAAGUGUAUUUACAACAGAA